AUGACCAAAGACGUACCUUACAUGAGCGCAGGGAACGAGGGGCGCGCUAUGAAUGCGAUUAAGCUUGCCAACGCGUCCCAAAUUUUUGGGUUUGAUUUUUUCUGGAGUGACUUCCGAUAUAUGACUGGCAAUGACGAGUUGAUUCAUAAGGUCCAUCUCCAUGUCUUUGGGGAGGUCUUCGUCGGUGAAGCACACAAGAAGGGCGUUGCGAAAGACGUUGCAGCGAAUGCUUUCUUCCGGGUACACCCAGAACUUUGGCCUUCGUAA